GAGCCAGAAUAAGCAACGGCUAGCCCCUAACGUAUUAGCAAAAAUGUACCGUACGAUUUUUUUUAAGUAGCUGUUAUUGAGUUGUAGCGAUCUUACAUAGGCGAUAAUAUUACACUGAGAAAAGGUGCGCUUUUAUUGUGAGAAAACCGUAGUCUGUAUUUGAUAUCUUUAUUAAAUAAUUACGCAACUGUUGUCAAUUAGCGCUAACCCCCAAAUGUAGCAUUAAGGUCGGAGAAAGUUGUUCUUUGAGGUCAGGGUAACGUGCCACCAAAUGAAAUUAUAGGUAUUUGUGUUUUUUUGUUUUUUUUGUUUUACAUUUUCUGUAUAAUAGUGAAAUGGACAGGGCAAGCAACAGCCGCAACACCACAAAGACAGAUCUCAGUUUGCUGCUUGAGUGUGUGAAGCUUCAGAUGAAAUGUCCAGAUUUGCAGAAGCAAGCACUUCUCACUAUUCACUCCAUCUGCGAAAAGAAAGAGGAUAAUGUGGAUCUGCUGAGAGACCUAGGCGGCGUGGCAUUUUUGUAUAAUCUGUCCAAAUCCAGUGUUGUUCAUUCAGAUGUUAAGGAGACAGCUGUCUUUACUCUUGGCACACUAGCUGAGGCUAAUGUGUAUUGCAAGAAUUCUCUAUGCAGAAAGGAGAUAUUCACCGACAUUGCUGGACUCUUGAUGCAAGAAGACAGCCCGCUGAAUCAGAAGAGGGUGUCUGUCUAUUUGCUUUUUGUCCUGGUUGCACACAACAAAUUAGGGCAGACUUUAGCUCAAACCACGGGCUGCCUGGAAAUUCUGAUGGACCUUUUCAGGACCACUUUCCCCUUCUCACCAGUGGAUAAUCUGAGAACUGUUAGCCAAACCUUCCAACUCUGGGCAUCUGUGUCUAGUGCUCUAUGUGGAUCUGUCAACAAUCCUCAAAAUGAGGAAGGUCAGCGUGCUUGCGUGGCAGCCUUUCCCUUCGUAAAAACCUGGCUGCAGCAGAUUUCGGUGCCCUCCACAGAAACAUUUCAACCCAUAUGCUCCUUUAUCGCCAUGACGGUCUCCAACAACCCUUACGUACAGGAGAGUUUCGCUGCCUGUGGGGGUUUGGAAACUCUUAUUCUCGUACUGCUUCGCGUCGUGUCGGCGGCGGACACGAGCUUGCUGUCUUGUCAGCUGUCCGUUGUUAUAGUCAAGACCUUGUCAGCUUGCAUCACCGAUAACUCCACUCUGGCGUCAGGUUUGGCGCAGUACGGAUUGGUGUACCACCUUUUCUUUCUGCUGAACAGCUCUCACUUAGACCCGGAGGACAGACUCUCAGUUUUACUUACCAUUGGGGAGUGCACGGAGGCCUCGGAGGAGCACCAGUGUCAGUUGGUGAGUUGCGGGGGCCUCCCGCUCAUGAUAACCUUUCUCACAGAGGACUCGAGUGAGGAGGUUAAAAAGGCAGCCACGUUCAUACUGCAGACUUGCAAAAAGGCCACUUUGAGCCUGGGAGCGCAGGGUCUGGUGGAAAAGCAAGUGGAGAACGAGGAGCCUUCUAUAAACAUUGAAGAGUUCAAGAGUUCAGCCAGAGAAAUGCUGCGCAGGAUCGAACUGUUGGAGAAAAGACAGCUAAAGGUGAUUGAAGAGGAGCGAAACGACAUUCUUUGUCCAAAUGCAGCCGAACUCGAGUGUCUGCCACCUUCACCUCUACCACCACAGAAACAGGAAGGCAGCUGCCGUUCCUUCACACUGAGGCCCAUGCAGCAGAGCACCGACAGCAACGGAGAAGGAGGCAAAAUGAACAGAGAUGACGCCAUGUGUUCUGUAGAAAGGAGAGGAGGAGUCCUGAUGUCUUCUGACGUACGGUCACUAGAGAGAGGCAGCGAGCCACGUUCAACCAGGAAUUCCUUGUUUAAACGUCCCUUGUCAGUGUGGCCGACAAAAACAAAAGCGAUUACGCGCUCUGAUGACCCACAGGAGAGGGAGUUAAACCAGACGGCGAAGAUUCCAGCCGGGGACCACUCAGGCUCUAAUGGCCGCUGUGCAGGUUGUGUGUUAACAUUUGAAGAAGUGACAAGUCGCACGUUUGCAUCGCUUCAAAGUUCCCGUGAGAACAGCUGCGACAUGCACCGAGUUCUCCAGGAGGCGACCGAGCGAUUCAGAAUGUGUCGCUUUGACUUUGGGGUCAGGCGAGAACAAAAGAGCGUCGCUGUUGAGCAGGCAGACACGAGCUCUGCAAAGGGUCCCACAGCAAGGUUACAAAGAAGCUGUGAAAACUUGCGUGCUGGGAUUGACCACAGGUCUCUGCAACAACACCCUUGGAGGGAGCAUAAUGGCAUCAGUUUGACCCCUCGGUUCAAAACAACCAGCCAAGGGGCCUUCACCUCUAAGAACAGGACCGGGCCAAGCUUGACUCCCCUAAAAAGGCCACAGCUACCUGAAGCCAGCCAUCAUACAUCGGACUCGGAAAGAAGAGGAAGGAGUAAUAGUGAACACAGUGCUGUGAAAGAUCAGUCAAAUAUAAGCACAGACCAAUCUUCCUAUAGAAGAAAGAGGCAGGACUUCAGCCGUGAGGAAGUCCAUUACCUGCGUUCUGGAGUUAAGAAAUACGGCUACUCCUGGAACACCAUCUUGUGGUCUUAUCCUUUCCAGCUUGGACGCACCAAUGUUGAUCUGGCUAAAAAAUACAGGAGGCUGGUGGGAAAUGAAAGCCAUAAAACGAUGUGAUUUUAAAUGGCCGUUAGGUUACAUUAAAAUCUCCUGGAUACGUAAAACGUUAUUAUUCUGAGUGAUUGUACUGCUGUGACUGUAGGCCUGUCCAGUCAGACUGUUCCUGUAAAGAUCAGUUCCUUUCCUCUUGCUUUUUUUUUUAAAUUAACUUAUUUUAAGAUAAUAUAUAACAGAACAUUUAUAGUAGUGUAAUAGUACCAUUAGCCUUUAUUCUGUUUUUAAUACUUUGCAUAUAGUUCAAAGUGUUUAAAAUAUUCUUCACAAGAAUUUUAUAGAUGUUGCUGGUAUAAGUAUAUUUAAUGUUAAUUUAUUAAGUUAUUUGCUGGUAUUUCUAUGCUUUUGUAAUUUAUUGCAUGCUUUUUUUGUUGUUGUAAAAUUGUAAGAUUUUAUUUGUAUAUGCUUGCUGUUCGUUUUAUAAAAU